AUGUAUGAUAUCAGCGCGGAUUUCUAUGUACCGCGCCCUAAUGGUAUCACCGGUGGAUGGGGGCACGCCAACAAUGGCUCCAACUUUGUAGCGAGUACUCUCAAGCAGUUGAACCUCCAGUCAGCAUCCAGCAGUUUUGGAGAUAGAUUGCGUGAUAGGUCUACUGUUGCUAUUUGGAAGUUCUCUGAAUCUAUGAGUGGGAUAUCGGAUGGGGUCGUCCGCACAGAGGCGAAGGUUAACACCUUGUCGAAUCUUAUCUCGGUAGUCACGAGGGAAGAAGGAGCUGUAUCGGAAGCGAUCGCUGAUGCGGAAGCACUUGCUGAUAAAUAUAAGCCGCUACCGGCGUGGAAAGCUCAUGUGUGUUGGUGGAAAGACUUCUGGGAAACGAGUUGGAUAAGCAUCUCUGGGAAAAACGCGACGCUUGUGAGUGAGAAAUAUGCACUCCAGCGUUAUCUCCAGGGUCUUCAAGCACGGCAGCCGUUCCCCAUCAAGUUUAACGGAAUGCUGUUCACCGCACAGCGCAAAGAUCCUGACUAUCGUGGGUGGGGAGGUCUAAACUGGUGGCAAAAUUUGCGUGCACCCUACUACAAUAUGCUGCCAGCAGGAGAUUUUGCGAUGCAACAAACGUUGUCUGAGGCUUAUAAGCGAACUUUGAACGGAACCAUGGCGAAGACUGCUCUAUACUAUCCCCACAUGAAGGGUCCGACUGCCUUCUGGGAUGAAUACGUACAUCCGCUUAUCGGUACCACACAUCCAGAUAGUUACGGUUGUGGACGAGCGGGCAAACUAGAUCCGCCUAUCUGGUACGCCGUGGACCGUUAUAAUCACUUUAAUCUUCAAGGAGCUCUCGAUCUCUGUCUUCUCAUGUUGGAUCAUUACGCUUGGACGAAGGACAGCGAUGUCCUAAAGGCCAACUUGCCUCUGAUGGACGCCGUCAUUAAUUUUUUCUCUCAAUGGAGAACCGCGAAGGAUGUCGAGGGCAGGAUGGUGCUAUUCCCAGCACAAGCUAUCGAGACCUGGCAGUGUCCUGGAUAUAAAGACAUGGUAGCUGGUAAAAACUGUUCUAAGAAUGACCAACCGACUAUUUCCGGUCUCUGGGCUGUUGUCACACGCCUUGUCAAACUUCCCUAUGAUCUCACCCGAUCAGAACAACGCUUGAGAUGGAAGAAGCUACUGUCUAUCUUACCCCUCGUGCCCCACACCAAAGCUAAGACUGGGAGUUGGAAGUUGGCGCCAUGCGAGGUCUGUAGCCCUAGACCUGCUAAUGUCGAAAAUGCUGACCUCUAUGCUGUUCAUCCCUAUCGUAUCAUCACUGCAAAGUCCCCAGAUGUAGAGGUGGGGAGAAUUACAUUCAAAGAGCGUCGCUUUACUUCGGAUGUGGGAUGGGACCAAAACGUGAUGGACGCUGCUCUUCUCGGUCUGGCGAAAACUGCCCAAUCUCUGGUGGUGGCUAGGGCAGAGCUCGGUCCCGCCAAGGGAUACCGUUUUCCUGUUUUCGCACCACACCUGCAAGACUAUCCCCCCUCGGCGGACCAUUACGCUGUUAUGAACAACGCCAUGACGUACAUGCUGCUACAACCAAUGGAUGAUAAAGAGGAGGGCAUCAUGCUAUUCCCUGCCUGGCCUUGUGAUUGGGACGUUAACUUCAAGCUGUGGGGCCCAGCAAAUACGGUUAUCGAGGGCUCGCUCGUCGGUGGGAACGUGACAGAGCUUCACAUUGAGCCGAAGCAUCGAUCUAGGGCCGUGAUAGUGAUGCCGUGCCAAUGA